AUGACACAGUACUCUGAAUUUCAACACGCUGGAUUUCAUGAUUUUAGAGCGCAUAUUCCAGAGAAGUUUCCGAUUUUAAGACUGAAGAAACAACAGCCUCUCGAGGGAUUCCAGACUAAGUUUUGGUCGGUUUUGGUCAAUAAACUCAAGGAACUCAUUUCAGGAACGCGGAGAAGACGUCCAAACGAAGCACAUAAUCAGUCGUCCGGUUCCAAUAACAUUGUUCCCAUAUCCCUACGAAAAAACUGCAAAUUCCAAAAUUUCAGCUCCAAUGAAUGGACGUUCGCUUUCGACAGAGUGAUCACUGACGAUGAAGGGCGGAACGAAUUUACGAAGUUCUUGCAAAGUGAAUACAGCGAGGAGAAUAUUCUGUUCUGGUGGGCUGUUCAAGAGCUUCGACUGUGCGUCGAGGACCGUACGGCAUUCGAGAGAAUGGUACGUGAGAUGUUCGAGACGUUCAUCGCCACCGACUCUCCACUCGCUAUCAAUAUCGAUCACGACACUCGAACCGAGAUCAUUGAACGUGUCCAGCUGAUGGAUGCCGCCAGUGUGCCGAAUACAAUCUUCGACAAGGCUCAAUCGCAAAUCUAUAGGCUUAUGGAGAAGGAUUGCUUCAGUCGGUUUGUUCAUACGCAAGCCUACAAGGAUCUUGCACGCCGCCUCUCACUUCCGCAUACAUUCCGUUUCAAUGAACGGUUAUCACCGUUUUGA